UGUCCGAUGCUGCCGGCGCCAUGUGGAUGGGACGCCCAGCUUAACAAAGGCCCUAACCCACACACCCUGUACGGCGCCAUGGUGGGCGGCCCAGGUCAGGGCGACGACUACACCGACAGCAGAAUGGACUACGUGAAGAACGAGGUGGCGUGCGACUACAACGCCGGCAUGCACGCAUCGACGGCAGCGCUGGAACACCUGGCUCUUACACAUGAGCUUCCAGCAACAUACAAGGACAUCUGCCCUUAGACAGCCUAUCCUGCUGCAAAUAUUGACAGUAAUAAAGUCAACACGGCAUCCAUUAUUGAAGA